AUGCUUCUAGCCCAGGCGGUGACUGCGGUCAUUCUUCACCGAAAAUCGAAACAGUUCAACGAAGGCAAAGCCCUUCAGAACAGGUCUAAGAGCCUCUUGACUGCUAGAAAACGGGUCGUCCAGAUGCUAUUCGUGGUCGUCCUGAUUUUCAUCGUAUGCUGGGGUCCAAUCAAUGUUGCUUACUUUCUCUUCAACUUUGGGUUUAUCAGCAGGAGCUUUGCCUUCGGCAGCAUAAAUCGCAUUCUUACAUUGCUUGCCUUCUACAACUCUUGUCUGAAUCCAAUCGUGUAUACGGUUCGGCAUCCAGAGUUCCGACAAGCUAUCCGUGGUUUGUUUUCGGGCUCAAAAGUUCAAGGAGGGGCGUUAUUUGAGUACAAAACUGAGCGAAAGGUUCCGUCGACAGGACAAAAGGUCGCUUGA